AUGUCUCUCAAUACGAUUGUACCAUGCCCUCCUGCGCUGCCUCUCAAUUGCGGCAAGUGGCCGUCCGCGCCACCACCACCACCGAUCAAUCCUUGGACAAUUUCUUCUGAAGCGGAAACUACUCCCCCGUCCUCGUCCCUUCCAUCUAAAUUAAUCAAUGAAGCGGUCGCGCAUCGGGCGCGACUUGUGGCCAAGGCCAAGGAGCGACGCUAG